AUGAACAAGUUCAAGAUCAUCAUUGUUGGUGGAGGGCCAGUUGGCUUGACUACUGCCCAUGCAUUACACAAGGCCGGCAUCGACUUUGAGCUGCUAGAGCGCAGGAAAGAGUACAUUCUGGAAGAAGGCGCCGGUUUAGCCAUUGGUCCUCAGAAUCUUCGAGUCUUUCAUCAGCUGGGCUUACUCGACAAGCUUCUCAAGCAUGGCACAGAGAUCCUGCAAAACAAGGGCUUCACUGCCAACGGUCGACAGUUCAAGGGGAGUUGGAUUUUCAAAGAGGUCUCGGAAAACCAUGGCAGCGGUCCAGUUGUGAUCCACCGAGCUCAUGUUGUCAAGACGCUCUACGAGAGUAUGACAGAAGAUCUCAGGGCCCGAUGUCAUCUAGAUAAGACCGUCUCGGAUAUCAAUCAUUCCGAGCAUUGUGUCGAGGUUUUAUGCUCCGAUGGAUCUUUGUUCAAGGGCGAUAUGGUUCUAGGUGCAGACGGUGCUAACAGUAAGGUGCGCAAGAUUAUACGGAGGCUUGCCCUGUUGGAUAACCCAAAUGCUCAGUGGGACGCGGAGGAGGUGUAUUCGUGCGAAUACAAGUCCAUCUGGUUCAGCGUGCCUGGGAGACACGAUGAUAUUGCUCCAGGUCAGCUUUAUGAAACGCAAAACACCAAUAACUCCGUCAUGUAUAUGCAAGGCCGUGACCGAGGGUGGGCCUUUCUCUUUGAGAAACUUCCAGAACCAACGACGGCCUGCGUGAAGUACACAGAGAAGGACAUGGCGGAAUUGGCCGAGAGAAUGGCUGAUUACCCUGUUACGGAGAAGUUCAAAGUCAAAGACGCCUUCGCCCAGCGAGCGGCGGCAGGCAUGGGCAACCUCCAAGAAGGCAUGGCCAACAACUGGAGCUGGGGCCGAAUCGUCCUCGUUGGCGACGCCUGCCACAAAUUCACCCCGAACGCCGGCCUAGGCUUCAACAACGGAGUCCAAGACAUCGUCGCACUCUGCAAUGGCCUUCGCGAGGUGGUGGCAGGAAAGCCCAAGCCCGACAUGGACACCCUAUCGCACGUCUUCGAGACAUACAAGGCCAAUCGUCAGGAGCUGCUGCAGGCAGAUGCCACAACGUCGGCGAAUGUAACAAGAAUGCAGGCCUGGCAGAGCUUCUUUUUCUACUUAAUGGCGCGGUUUAUUAUGUCAAUCAAUCCUCUGCAGGUGUGGUUGCUCAAUGUAUUUAGCACGCCGCUGGUGAGCAGGUCUCUUGUUUUCGACUACAUUGCAGACGAGGAGCCUAUGAGAGGCAACUUCCCGUGGGAAAACAAAAUGCCUACUUUGUGA